AGCAUGGUCUGUAGGCGGGCAUGAAAGUGGGGAGGGCGGAACAGCAGUUCCAGUGCUAGUGGCUGUGCUGAGUACCCUGGUAUGGCUAUAUUUCUUUCAGAAAAGCAAUUCUUAAGGAGGUAAACCUUUUUGAUUAAAGGUACCAGGAGCCUCUUUGACUGGAAAUUAGCAAUAAGGAGCUGAAGUCACCAGAUGUUUGGAAUUUUGGCCAGACCUGCUUUAUAUGCAAUUGACAAAUCCCAGCUUUGCAUUGGAAUUCCAGAAAAUAACAAACUAAAUCUGCAGUUGGACUGUUCUUGUCUUGGAAUGGCACCAGUAGCUCUGUAACUGGUGAUGGCUUCUUGGGGCAAGUGCUAAUAGGGCAGAGAGAAAACAAGAGCCCAUUGAGAUAGCAAUUACUUGCAUUCCAAUCUUGGCCUUGUGGAAAACAACCAAGAGGGCAGAAAGCAUUCCUAGAAAAGAUUCAUGGCACACCUUACUUUUGGCAGCAGCUGCAUACUUGUUCUGUUCUGCUACCAAGUCCUCUCUGGAAAUGACCACAGAGACAGACAUUAUGUUGCUGCUGUGUAUGAACAUCCUGUCAUCUUGAACCCCAAUCCAACAGCCAUCACUGACCGACAGACUGCAUUACAACUGAUGAACAGAAACCUAGACAUUUAUGAAGAGCAAGUGAUUGCUGCUGUUAAACAGGGGGCACAGAUAAUCAUCUUUCCAGAGGAUGGAAUUCAGGGUUUCAACUUCACCAGGACAUCCAUUUAUCCUUACUUGGAUUUCAUUCCAUAUCCUGACUCUGUUACCUGGAAUCCCUGCAAAGAAGCAUACUUGUUCAAUGACACUGAGGUUCUCCAUAAACUCAGCUGUAUGGCAUGGAAGAAUCAAGUGUUUUUAGUGGCAAACCUAGGAACUAAGCAGUCAUGUGAGCACAGCGAUCCACACUGCCCACCAGAUGGAAGGUAUCAGUUUAAUACCAACGUGGUAUUCAGUGACAAUGGUACACUCAUAGCCAGAUAUCGAAAACAAAACCUGUAUUUUGAACAAGCCUUCAAUACUCCACCAGAGAUAGAUUACACUAUUUUUGAUACACCUUUUGCUGGUAAAUUUGGAAUCUUCACUUGCUUUGAUAUCCUGUUCUAUGAACCAAGUGUGAACCUUAUCAAGCAAUUCAGUGUAAAGCAGAUUGCAUAUCCUACAGCAUGGAUGAACCAGCUCCCACUUCUGUCAGCUGUAGAAUUUCAACAAGCUUUUGCAACUGCUUUUAAUAUCAAUCUUCUGGCAGCAAAUAUCCAUCAUCCUGACCUGGGUAUGACAGGCAGUGGUAUAUAUACACCAACAAAAUCUUCCAUUUAUUAUGAUAUGGAAAGUAUUAAUGGCAAACUCAUUGUUGCAGAAAUCCCUGUUAUUACAUCAGAGCCUGUGAAGAGUUUUUCAAGCUUCCAGACAGAUAAUCCCAUUUGUUAUAAGGAAGAUCAAGAAGUCCAUUGUGGCAUAACACAGAAAGAACCUCCAGUCAUAUUUUAUGCAGAAAUGAUGUAUGAUAAUUUCACUUUCAUACCCAUAAUGGAAGCUAAAGGAGAUAUCCAAGUAUGUUCUAAUACACUUUGUUGUAACUUAAGUUAUCAGAGAUUGGUUUUAUCUAAUGAACUCUAUGUUUUAGGAGUUUUUGAUGGCCUGCACACAGUUCAUGGAACAUACUAUGUACAAGCCUGUGCAUUAGUGAAAUGUGCUGGACUUAACUACACAUCUUGUGGGCAAGAAGUCACAAAGGCAACUGGACUGAUAGAUUUUCAGCUCCAAGGAAAUUUCAGUACUGCUUUUGUCUUUCCUCUGUUGCUAAGGUCUGAUGUCACUUUAGACUUUGCUGACCAUUUGGGAUGGAAAAACAACUAUUAUGUCAUGCAGAAAAAGGGAGGAUCUUCUGGCUUAAUAACAGCUGGUUUAUACGGGCGAUGGUUUGACAAGGAUUAAGUGAGGAAUUUGAGAUAAGAAAAUGUAUCAAAAUUAACCCAGGAAACUAAUCAAAGACUAUUAUUCAACUGUCUGGAUUACUUAGGAUCGCUUGCAUUUUCAGUGUGUGUUCUUUGAACAAAAAAGCUUCAAGCUGGAUUAUUUCAUCAAUUUACCAGUUGUAGGAUCUCACAAAUUUGCUGCUCAACUAGGCAGAGGCACUGGAGAAACAGGUCUUUUAGUGCAAAGUGAGGAGGAUCCUUGUUUGUCCCCUCCAUUCCUAACCUUUGAGCUCAAGAAAAAGUAGAGGUAUAAUUCAGUAGCACAUUGGAUUUGGAGGUACAGUGUCUCCUGUGAGAUCCCUGCCCUCCUCCUGUGCUUAGAUCCAAACAGACCACCCACUGCUGGUUCCUUUCUACUUACUAUCAUUGCUGUAGUCACCUCUGUUUGCCUUCACUUCCUGUUUGAUCAGCACUUCCAUUGUUUGGUGUCCAUUCCUUGCCCCGAUUAGCUCGGGUAGGAAGUUUAUAAUAUUUAUUUUUAGCAUUUUAUUGUAGCAUUUUUAUUUUUCAUAUUGUCUGAAAUUAUGGCAUUUGUUUUUAUAUUAACUGCUUUAAGAAUCCUUUUAAAAAGAAAAAAUUAACAUGAGAAAAAUGUCAACAUUAAUAUUAAUUUGUUAAACAAAUGCAAAACAAAUAUAUAGAAGUAUCAUUGCUGACUCUGAUUUCAGAGCUCCAUAUCUUGGCAGCCCCAUUCGCUAAAAACAGCACAUUCAAGAAACAAGCAAAGUUAACAUGUUUAUAAGCUGUCCAAAAGCAUAUGAUCCUUUUGUAUUGAUGUCAGGCAGCCACUGAUCAAAAUACAAUGAUCAAGAAGCCUCCAAA